CUCCCCCGUUGCCGGCUCUCCUACUCCUUCGACGCGAUUACAUCCAUAAAUAUUUGUAAAUAUUCGCGACGCGUCAACUGCGUCACUUCGAACCCUCGUCAACACAAACGAACUCGAGGGAAAGACGUAAAGUCCCCGUUCGACUCGAAAGGGUUGACGGAUUGACUACAUCCUGAUUAGCGGAACUCGUUAUUCCGGUCUUAGUCCCGGAGGAUUGCGAUUCGAUCGUUCCGUUUGCGGUUUAAAUGUCAACACGGGCUACUGUUUACGCGUCUCUCGUUCCUCGAUUACCGAUUUUAACCCUCUGCGUCCAACGACGUUUGCAUUAGAACAUCCGACCAACUUUCUGCGACUCGUGUAAAUUAAUGUACAGAAGAAGUAUUUGUUUUUGAUAUUUAGUUAACGUGCUGUAAGAAUCAAGCCUUCGGUCGUAUCGGUUUCGCCGUAGAGAUCUUACGCUGCGUGAUUAUCGAAUCGAAUUGUGAUUUGAAAAAUAACUUUCUGUAACGAUGUUAACGCUGAACCUACCAACGUUUUAUUUGUACUUGUUUUUUUCUUUUCGCGAUUGAUCGAAUCGGUCUUAAAGACUUGCACGAAAGAAUUGUAUAUAACUUAUGUAUUCCAUGUACGAACCGUACAGAAAAGUUUAUAAACGGUCGUGGUAGCUUUAGUUAUAAUAUUCUAACAGCAUCGAGUUUCGUAUCGCUCGAUUUUAUAUGUUCGAUUGUUCGACGCGCGAACGCGGAACCAAAGUUUCUCGUUCAAUUACUUUAUUGUACAUUUAAAAGUACCGAUCGAAACUCUUCGCCAUUCUCUCUCUCAAAAAAAAAAAAAAAAAAUGGAUAAUUGGUAAGUAAAACAGUCAUCGUUUAUUUAGCAGUACCUUCCGUUUUGAUCGUUUUUUAAUUUCCGUUAUCGAUACGUUUGCAGGCUUGUCGCUGGCGGGACAGGGUCGUGGAAAAAAACGCAUCGAGCGGAAAAAAAAUAUUCGAACCAGGGUUGAGAAACGGUGCGCGGAAUGCUCGCGGGUGGUCGAAAGCGAGACUGGCUGCGAAAUGUGCGCGUGGAGGAAAAGCGAAAAAAAGAAACAAAAAAGAAAAACGACGAGAUUGACAGAGAAAAUAGAAUUGAAAAAACGAGGGAGAAGCGAAGGGAGGACGAGAGAGGGCAAGGGAGAAAACGAAGAAGAAAGGGGGUGUAGCGAGCUUGCGCGACGUUCGACCCGAAUCUCUCGUCGGACGUUAAGCCAGCCAGCCAGCCAACCAGCCAGCCAGCUAGUCAGCCGACCAGCCAGCCAGCAAGAGCCAACCUUAGCCGUGUUGCGAGCUUCCGAGUCCCAGUCGUCGGCGUCGAUGAAAGACCAGUAUUUCAACCGGUACAGUACCGAUUUUAUUCACAUUCCGUCGACCCCUCGGCCUCGCGAAACCUCGUAUCCUUCGCUCCUGCCGGUAUCAAUCCACUCGGCACGCUAUCGAGCAAUCGACACCCUCCUCUGUCCUAGCCGAUCCUCCUCCACCGAAACGGAUAACUAAUUUCCAACGAGCAGUUAAUCUCUCGGACGCGCGAAACGUUCGAUUCGCGUACCUUCGGCUAGUGAUUGGAAGGAAAGAGGUACAUCGAAGCAGGCUGAACGAGGGGGACGAGUGACCUGUUUACGGUUUCAGCGCUCGUUGAAAAUUGAAAAAUCGUCGUGUUUGUGUUGGUGCGAUACGUGCGAGGCAGUGUCGACGCGGAAUUCAACAAGCGAGAUCGAGUGGUCCUUGAAAGGAAAGGAGCGAUGCUGAGGAGGGAAAACGCGGAAUCGGAUUGACGGUUCGAGGGGGACGAAGCGGUGCACACCUUGGAAUGCGCGUACCGAUGGUAUCGAGGACUUGGGACUGGGGAAUCUUCACUCUCCUGUUUUUCGUGUUGGUCACCCCCAGUCCUGCUGCCAUCCACCGAGCGGAUCGAGGACGUUGCAAUAAGACGGUAGACAUAUACGAUAAUGUGUCGAGUCCGGCUGUGACUUCAGCGAAUUGGGGAAAGCCUCUGUUUUGCUGGUACCGCUUUCGAGGGUAUCGUGGAUCACCACGGGAUUGGAUUCUGCGCGUGCGCUUCAAAAAGUUCAAGCUUGGUGUGGUGGAGAAUGCUACCACCUGCUCUGGAGGUUACUUGCAGAUCGUAGAUGGAAACACGAAGACAGGCCUGAGCAAUCGAAAGGACCCAGGAAUGUACUGCGGAGAGUUGGAGCAGCCGCAGACGUUCAUCUCCGAGACGAGUUUCGUCCGCGUCAUCUUCCACGCGGAGAACUUCACGGAUCAAACGUACUUCAGCUUCGACACCAGGACCGAGCAGCAGUUCGGGGAGUAUUUGAGGCAUGGCCAACAUCCGGAACUUUACCCGAAUCGAAGGGGCGAGAUCGUGCCCGGGAGCUACUGCGAACGGGUGUUCAAGGACUGCAGACUGCAAACGUGUUACGUACAGAGCCCAGCCUAUCCUGGUAUCUAUCCUCGCGCGUUGCACUGCAAGUAUCGCCUGAACACGCGGCUACCUUUCAUCAAGCUCUACAUAGAGAACGAGGAGUUCAAUAUCGACGGUCAAAGAUGCGAGAACAUAAUGACCUGCCCCAUGAGGCCCAUAAGCUCCGGCUCGGAGCACUGCCCGUACGAUUAUAUACGCGUGUACGACGGCAAGGACAACAACAGCCAGGUGAUCGGCACUUUCUGCGGUAUGGGGAAGUUCCCGUACAGCAUAAUAGGCACCAGCGAGGACCUUUACGUGGAGUUUAUCUCCUCGCCGGCAGGACCUCUUCUGAACACAGGAUUUCACUUCAACGUGGGCAACUGGCCUGGACACAUGGAGACCGCAGGCGUGAGGAACGGUAGCUGCGACUGGCUGCUAAACAGCGAGUCCCUUCACACGGGCAACGAGGGGAUAUUCCUCUCUGUGGCUCACUGGUAUCCGCCGCACACCAGCUGCACCUACCUCCUAAAAGGUCGAGUUGGCGAGAUCGCUAGACUCUACUUUCCUAGUUUUCGCGUGAACCGAAUCGAGUCGCCCAUACAACCCUACGACGGCGACUGCGGGGAGAGCCUGACCCUCUACGACGCCGACUGGCCAGACGACGCGAAGAUCAUCAAGACCUUCUGCGACACGUUCAGCAAGCCCAUGGAGAAGCACGACUUCGUCUCUAGCUCCAACGCUCUUUUCGUCAAGUUCGAAAGCAAAACGGGAAGCUACUCCGGUAGUUCUCUCUACUAUUGGGCUCAUUACGAUUUCUUCAACGCGACGCGAUUCGGCGAGCCCGUGGUUGGCACGGAGUGCGACGAGACAUUCGCCUCUUGGAAGUCGCGCUCCGGACAACUUCGAUCGCCGUUAAACACCCUCGUUUACAAGCGAUCGGGGGAUCCGCCCGCCGAUCUCUCCUGCACCUACACCUUCGUCACUGAUAAACGACUGUUCGCGCGCGUGAUACUCACCGUGGACUCUGUUUCCUUCAAGGAGCAUCCGUACGCGCAGUGCGGCCACUGCUGGGACAGUCACGUGGACCGAUUGAUCAUUCGCGAGCCGCCAGUGGUCAACGGCGAUCAGCACUCCUACCAGAGCCAUCAGCAGCAACAGCAGCAACAUCAGCGCCAGCCGUACCAACAGCAACAAGACAACAACAAAGGUCACUGCAUCUGUCGAUCGUCGAUCGCCAACGGACCCACCGUCGAAGGGAAGCCUGUGGUUCGCGUGGUCUCACGCGGGGAGAAGCUAGAGUUGAAGCUGCUGGUGGACGGCACUCACGCUGCCACCAGCUACUUCAAGCAGCCCUCGCCCUUGUUCGAGGCGAGGUACGAGUUUGCUCACAGUCCCCUCUGCGGACCUACGAUUCUCCCAGCCACCACCGACGGCGAGAUAGAGUUCCCUCAUUACGAAGCUCUCGGUUACGUAUCCCCACCUAGGUCUAUAAAAUGCAUCUGGGAGCUGCGCGUGAAUCGGGAGAGGGACGUCUGGUUGCACUUCGACAAGAUCAAGUUCGCUUCGAGAUCUUGCGAGGACGGGAAGCUCGAGAUCUUCCUGCCUGGCAGCGCGGAGCCGUUCCUGGGCAUCUGCGGCGAGAACGUGAGCUACGUCAGAGAGAUGCCCAUCAUCUCAGCGGCGCAGAUCGCACCUGGGAAUCGAGCUAACGGCGACGCAAAUUCCAACACGGAUCCCAUGCAGUCGCAGACGCAUCAGCAAGGGUAUUCUCCGCCACAGAUUUCGUCGCCGACCGAUCACCAGCAGGAGGACUCCGAGUGGCCUGCCGUGAUUAUUCAGUUCACCGGCUCGAUGGCUCCAGCCAGAGCCGCCUUCAAGAUCGCUUGGACGGAGCUCUAUCAUCUGCCUCGCGACGCGUCUGGAAACUUAAACACGCAGAAACUCGAGGAGUUCUGCGGGUUCCAGUGUCCCGGCGACGCUGGUUGCAUUCCGGCGAGGCUCCUCUGCAACGGAGUGGUAAAUUGUCCGAUGCCAGAGCCUAAGUCUCUGUAUCGAAACACAAACAAUGGUAGCGGACUGUUGGCGAUAUCAGAGGAACCGAAUGACGAGUCCGCGGAGACAUGCGGCGCGGAUGCCGUCGGUGGUCGCGGGAAGGCUGCUGGAUCUGGCAACGGGAUCGGAGGUUUGGCUAGCGUCGUUGGCUCUGCUGGAUGGGCGGGUGCUAGCUUAGGCGCCAGCCUCGCCGUUCUUCUCGGGCUGGCGUGUCUCGUCGCCGUUUGCAAGAUCUGCAGGCGUCGGGCCACCCCGAGAAACAUCCACGUACCUUAUUGACACGAACGCAAACACGAGUACGAGCACAGACACGGUCAGAGGUACACGGAAUUCGUAAUCGCCGUUUCUUUUUCUUACCUUGUUUUAUCGAGAACCCUGUCCUCUUCUGCGGUACAUAACGAAAGAAGGCUCGUGUCUGGUUGGCCAGACGCUGCUGCACAGUGUUUUCGAACGAACGCUAUCACUCAACAGGCCGUUUGAUUACACAUUCGUGUGCACGUGCCAUCGAACCGAGCGUUAAACCUUUGAGAGGAAUUUUUAUCGCUUCGCUCGUUUUAUCCGUGCCAUCGAGCGAGAAAGAGGAAACAAUGGCAAGUCAGGUGGAUGGCUGAUUAAAUAGGUAGAUAGCUAGAGGUAAGUACCGUAGGAGGUUAUACCCUAUCGGCGGUGAAGGACCGUACCGAGGAAAUCGUAGCACAAAACGCGAUAGAGACCAGGUGAAACCAGGCGAAUGGAAACGUUAAAGCGACCGAGAAGUACACUUGUACAUUUCUCUAUUCGAGCCGAAGCAUUUCAAACGGAUCGAUCGAAUAACUCCAACUUUUCAACUUACAUUUUAGACGAUUCAAUUUCGUACGAUCUUGUUUGUACAACGUCGCGUUCUCGUCUACAUAAAUGUUUACUUAAAACGUAUAUUAUAAAUUGUACGUGUAUUAUAAAUUGUACUGUAAACAACUGACAACGUGUAUACAACGUCUAAACAACGUGUAUUAUAAAUUGUACUGUAAACAACUGACGAUAUCGUUGUAGAAAGAACAAAAAAAAGAUACCGUUCACAUCAGAUUCACGCCUCUCUCGAAAUCAAUCGAGAUUCGUUCAAAGAAUUUUCAUCCAUCGUUAAAAAGUAACGAGUUACUCGGACGACCCGAUUCAAGUGCCUCGCUCCGUAUAGUUCGUGCGGUUACAAUUCACGCGAUUCGGAUCUCUGGCCAGCGUAGGUCGCGCCCUUUUAAAUAUACAUAUAGUACGUACAAUGUAUUCGCGUUACGUUAACAAGAGUGCCUGCGAAUGUUCGUGCACCAGCGCGUCACGCGCUCGAUAAUGCGCGCACAUUAUUCCUUGAGAAUAUGCCGAACAAAACUUGUAUAUAUCGAGGGUAGGAAGCGUCGAUUAUUUUAUAGAAUAAGCGGCUCCGAAACCAACGGCCACCAGGCCAAGCGUCGAGCGAAACGUGUUCGAAUGGCUCGACGGUAAGGUCGUGUUCUUUUGUACAUAGUUCGCGUUACCCAAUUAAAUUCAAACAAUAUCUUAGAAGAUUAGUAGAGGACUAACGAAUCUACCUACAUAUACAGGCCGCGCAAUAGUGCGCGCGAACAAUGACGCAAGCGCAUGCAACGUACGCUCUGUCUCUCGAAAGUUGCAGAGGAAACGAUCGCGAUAUAAGCGACGCGUUCGUCGUGCAACUUUUCCGUGGAAGAGCGCGUACUCGGGCAUACUUCACGACGCGACGUCUACGUCUUUACACGCGAAAUGUAAACGAGAGACGACGCGACAUCCGUCGAGAUGGAUCCAUUCUUAUAUCGUUGGUUUAUUCGUUUCAUCUCUGGGAAACGCUCGUACCUCUGAUACAGCGUUGGGCAAAAAUGUCAAAGAAUUACCGCGUCACGUAUUGAUUUACGAUUGCUAAAUUACAGAUGUAUCGUUGUCGGAAAUUAAUCACUGCCCAACUCUACACCGAGACCAUUCCAAUUAUACCAUACUUACACGCCUCCGUACGUUAGUUUACUGAUUUUGUCGCUGUUUUUACCGUUUUGUACCGUUAAUAUUAUGCGUUCAACGUCGUAAAGAAACAGCGCGAACGGCGUCGGUGUCGACGUUGGUACACAUUCAUAUCGAUGCAAUUGUUAUUGUUGCGAUAAUUUAUCGUCGCUAUCGUUACUCUUAGGAUAAAUAAUAUAGUUAUCGUUACGGUUACGUGAAACAUCGUCGUUAUGCCGUUGCUGUUACCACCGUUCUCGUCGUCGCCUGUACCACAGUCGCUACCACAGUUGCAAUCAUUAUCGCUACUGCCAGCAGCGUCGUCAUUAUAUUAUUAUAUUUUUUACAAAUAAAGAACAACCUCGGGGACACGAGGUGAAAGAAAACGUUAAACGUCGUUGGUCCGAUUUCGCACCUUGGUGGCCUUCUAUAUAGAACAGUGUGAAAGUAAAGAGAUAUUACGAGACAACGUAACAUCUCUAUGUGCGAAGGGCCUCGAUGAAAAUAUUCAAACGAAAAAAUUGAACCGCGAUAAAAUACAAGCAGCUGAAAUCACUUUCGCAGAAUCGAUAUAUUUUUGUUUACACUCGUGUUCCUUUAA